AUGAGCUACACAAUCACCACCCCCCCACCCACCCUCCUCCCCCCCACCAGCGCCGCCAUGAUCUCCUUCCUGGAGAACUUCUACCGCAUCAGCGACACCGAAUCCUUGCACAACGAAUACGUGACGAAUUUCACCGAAGAUGCGACGCUCAUUAUGGGCUCGAAGGUUGCGAAGGGGUUGGAUGAAAUCCUCACCCUCCGCCACGGCCUCUGGACCCACGUCGCGCGCCGCAAACACACCCCCGAGCGGGUGUAUUUCGGCGCGGAGCGAGAACUCAUGCUGUAUGGGACGGUGAAGUAUGUGCUGAGGAAGGAUGUGGAGGCUGGAAAGCCUGAUGAGGAGAUUGAGGUGCCUUGGGCGGGGAGGGUCGUGUUUGAUGAGAAGGUCGAGAAAAUGCGGUUUUAUCAGGUUUAUUUGGAUCCGACGGCGCAGGGUGGGAAGAAAUAA